GGUGGUGCUGCUGGUCAGAAAAUAUACAUAAAACAUGGAGAACGUGCGCUUUUCGAUCAUUGAAAAUGAUUUGAAGUGGAACUCGGAAAGCGAUCGAGAUGGCGCCGAUAUGGAUUUACUCUUUGAGAAACGCAGCAUUUCAAGUGAAUCCAAUAGCGAUGCAGUCUUUAGCAAUGAAGCGCAUGAGAUAUUCGCUAGGCAGCAACAAAAUCAAGUUUUAUGGCAACCGCAGGAGAUCGAAGAAACUCUAUUGGGUGCAGGUACAACAAUGGCCAUCAAUAUUUUUGAAAUGGUCAAAACGGGAUGUUUUCUAGAACUUAUGGCCGAGUCCAGUGAUUGCAAUUUAGCUUUAAUCUGUUCUUCCCUCUAUGGUACUGUGGAAAAUGUUAUACUACUAUUGAAUCAUUAUAAUGCCGAUCCAAAUACGGCGGACAGUAAGGGCCGUACGCCGUUACAUUUCGCAUGCCUGAGGGCAAAUGCUCCAAUCGCCAAAGUAUUGCUCGAUCGUGGCGCCGAUCCGAAUCGUUGGGAUGGUCGUAAGGAGGUGACACCUUUACAUUGUGCCGCCAGUUCCAAGAGCGUUGAGUGUUUGCUAUUGCUUUUGCGGCGCAAGGCCAAUAUCAAUAUUGGCAUUGAGAAAAGAUCGGCCCUACAUUAUGCCAUCGAUGUAAAUGCUGUCGAAUGUGUAGAGAUAUUACUUAAAUACGGUGCCGAUCCGAAUACCCCGCAAGUAUAUACAGAGACUCCAUUGCAUACGGCCAGUGCGGCAGGAUUUACGAAAUGUGUCGAAUUGCUUCUUAGCCACAAUGCGGACGUUCGUUCACAAUUUGGUGAGGGCAAGGUAACAGCUUUACAUUUGGCCGCAGAGAACGAUUAUGUGGAAUGUGUGCGAUUGUUGCUGGAGCAUCGGGCCGAUGUCAAUUGCCGUAAUGCCAGCCAUCAGACCCCAUUGCAUUUGGCCUGCCUUUCACAGUCUAUAUCGACAGUGGAUCUGCUUAUCUCCAAGGGAGCAAAUGUUAAUGCUGUCUAUCGUGAUGGUAGAACCGCUCUCCAUGCGGCCAUAGUCAAGCAGUCUCGUUGCCUGGACUGUUGUAAUGCCCUGCUCAAAGCCGGAGCUGAUGUCAAUAAGGCGGAUAAUUAUGGUUAUACCCCGUUGCAUAUAGCAGCCUUAAAUGAGUUUAGCAAUUGUGUCUACACAUUUAUAGAACAUGGUGCCGAUAUAACAGCUCGUACCGAUGGUCAUGUCUCGGCUUUGUCCUUUAUUGUGCGCCGUACACCGGAAAUUAUACCAAAAUUAAUGCAUAAAUUCGAUUGUUCAAUCAAGGCAAAUGAUCAUGAAAUUGGCGAUGUGGAUUGUCAAAUUAAAUUGGAUUUUCGUCUCCUUGUGCCAAGUUCUUCAAUGGAACGCGGCGAAACUGAGCUGCUGCUCUCCCUGAUCGAGGUGGGACAGAAAAGGAUACUAAUGCAUCCGCUUUGUGAGACAUUUCUAUUUCUGAAAUGGCGUCGCAUUCGAAAAUUCUUUUUAAUGAGUUUGGCCUAUCAUACGAUAUUUGUAUUACUUUUUACACUAUAUGUGAUUGGGGUAUUUGUACGUUGCUGCAAAGACGGAGAAGAGUGUCUGGCCCCAGGUUACGUGUCGACAAUUGGUUAUUUUGUGAUUAUACUUAAUUUGAUUCUAUUGGCCAAAGAGGUUUUUCAGAUGGCUCAUGGUUUGCAUGGUUAUGCCAAAUAUUGGGAAAAUUGGCUACAAUGGACAAUUGUAUUUGGUGUUCUGCUUUGUGUGACUCCAGAGAUUUUACGCACAGGCAAUUUGCUAGCGGUGCCCUUGUGGCAACAUCAUGUGGCCGCUGUGGUCAUACUUUUGGUCUGGCUGGAGUUAAUGAUGUUGGUGGGGCGAUUUCCCAUAUUUGGGGUUUAUGUACAAAUGUUUACCAAAGUUGCUGUCAAUUUUGGUAAAUUCCUUAUGGCCUACAUUUGUCUGCUUGUGGCAUUUGGUCUUAGUUUUGCCGUACUCUUCAAUGAUUAUCCGGCCUUUGAAAAUAUCACUUGGUCAUUUCUGAAAUCGAUUACCAUGAUGUCUGGCGAACUGGAGUAUGAGGAUAUAUUCUAUGGCGAUUAUGCUGUUAAAUUUCCCAUCACCGCUCAUAUAAUCUUCCUAUCAUUUGUACUUUUGGUCACCGUGAUACUUACGAAUUUAAUGGUUGGUCUGGCCGUCAGCGAUAUACAAGGCCUUCAAGUGUCCGCAUCGCUGGAUCGUUUGGUGCGACAAGCGGAAUUGGUGUCACGUCUGGAGAGUUUGUUUUUUUCCCGCCUACUGCGCAGUGCUCCCACCAAGCUAAUGCAAUUGUGCAAACGUAGUGCUCUUCUGCGCACUUCAAGGGAUAAAUUACAGUUUAUGAUCCGUCCGAAUGAUCCACGCGACAAUCAAUUGCCCGAAGAUAUCAAAGUUAACAUAUACAAAUUGGUGGCCGAGCGCAGGGAUCGUCAACAAAGUAUGCGACGUCGUCAAUUCGAGAAUAAUUAUAAUUUCUUCAGUCGAAGUCUGCAGCGACAAAAUAAGGCAACACAGGAUGGCCAACAGCAACAGCAGCAGCAGCUGUCGCAUACCCAAACGCAAUCCUAUCAGCCGGAUGGACUAACACGAAAUGGACCACACCAAGUAUUUCAAAUGCAUGAGCUACUGCGUCCACAUUCCGCCACCAAUGUGCCACAGCAGUUGCGGCGUCAGGAGGACCGCGAUGCGGCUGCUGUAACCAAUAGAUUGAGGAAUCAAACAAACCUUCUCAGCGAUCUGCAUGCAGAUGUCCAAUCGCUUAAGACUCAGCUGGCUGAGCUGAUGGCCAAAUUCGAAAGAUUCUCGGAGAAUGCCACACGUAAACUAAAUUACAGUGCCGAUGAAUUGUGCCGCAUGAGACAGCAGUCCAAUCAAUCCAAAUCAACGACAACGAGUCGAAGUCAUCAUCAUCGUUAAAUAGUUCACUUAUCUAUCUAUAUAAAUUCUUUAAUAAAUGACAAUAUUUCAAAUCAUUAUAUUCGAAAAAAUGGUUACUUUUUAAAUUCAAAACUUUCCAUCUACAAAAGGCAAAAGAAAAACUUUACAAUUAUAUAAAGUAUAGAGUAGUAAAAUCUGAUUUUAUGCGAUUUUAAAUUAAUGUCAAGCUCGA